AUGGUAAUAAAUUCUCUUUUUUAGUCUAUAGAAUCAGAAAUUACUUUUCCUCUGUUUAAAUCCCUUUGGAAAGAUUAUCGCUUACAAUAUUUGACUUCAUGUCUUCAUAAGAAAGAGGAUAAGAAAGAAUUUAUUUAGCUAUUCUAUGGAGUCCUUCUGAAUAAACUUAUUUAGUCAAAUAACUUCAAUGUAUAAACGGUUUGCUUGAUGGGUAUUUUCACAUUAUUUUAGACUCAAAGCGAAUCUGAUAGAGAAAGAAUUAAUCUAGACAUAGACUCUAUGUAGAAGUUAAAAGCAUACUUCUCAAGUAGCAUUCAAAAAUCUCAAACGCAAGGUGCUGACAUUCUCAAGAUGUUAUUUACAAAAGAAGCCUUUAUAAUUACUUAAAAGCGAGGAAUUAAAACUAUAAUUCUUGAUAAAUUUGGGUAUCCUUUAAAAAAAAAUGCUUUUUAUGAAGCAGAAAACAUAUGUGGAUUUAGCCAAGUAUCUUAGAAUAUGGAAAUAGAGAUGAGGGAUAGAAAUGUUUAAAUGAGCGAAGACGAAGAUGAUGAUGAAGAGGAUGAUGAUGAUGACGAAGAAGAAAGGUCAAAUUAACAAAAAACUAAUUAUUCAGAUCCAGAAUAACUCAUAGAAUUUUUAGGAAUAAAUGAACUUAAAGAAGCUUCAAACGAAUAUUUCAAGCAAAAAAAUAAAAAAAAAGAAAUAAUAAGUAAAGUUGCUGAGAAUGAUCUUCCAUAUUAUGAUUAAAUUAAGAAAAAUUUUAUUGGAAAAUUUACUCACGAUAUUAAUUAAGUUGAUCAAUUUUUUGCAAGCAGAACAGAAACAAGAAUUUAGAGAUAACUAAACUAAAACAAUUUAUCAAAUAACUGA